UCAAUGGACUUAAAACUUGAGGAAGGAGAUGGUACAAAGUGAGGAAGUAAAAAGAGCAGCAUUUUUGAUGUCGGUUAAGUAGUAGUCUUGCAUUUUCUUUAAAAUUUUUUGAAAAAAUUAUUCACUAAAAGGCAGUUGUUUAAAUAAAUUAAAUUAUUUUUGAGCUUUUUUAACACCUAUAAACUGCCAAAAUUGAAUACUGCCAUGCUAACUGCCAAAAAUAACCAGCAGCUUAUACCGACUAAAAAUUCCGGAAAUCUUGAUUCUGAAUUGUUUAAAGGAGAAACUACAACAAUCUCUACAAUUGCAGUACGUGCUGAGCCUCAUUCUACUUUAGUUGUUGCCUUAUUAAAGAGCAUCAAUUACGUUGAUUUCCGCAUUGAUGAAAUGCAACCCGGCCUUUUAGAAAUUGGUAAAAACCCUCAGGACAACACUCAACUGUUGCUAAUACACACGGAUUUGUUUCAAAGAUUACUAGAAAAACAUCAACAAGUAGAUGAUUUACUUGCUCGAGCUGAGCAAAUAGCUAGUGAACAGACUGAAGUUAGUGAUGUAAUAGUUUAUGAGGCAAUGGCUAAUGGGUUGGCUACUGCUUGGAGGGGUUUAAGCAGGCAACUAGAGAUGCGUGGGUACAUUUUAUCUGAUACAAAAAGAUUGUAUGAAUUAGCAUUAAAACAAGAAGAAUUAGCAAAGUUGCUCAAUUCCCGACUUCAAUCAACUAAAAAUGUUAAAAUUGACUCGCAUGAAACGAUAAUUGACGGCAAGUCAGCUUAUUUUGCGUUAGACCCUAGUUAA